AUGAGUGAACAUCUUCUCCAGCCUCGCCACCGCGAGAUCCUCGACAGCACCGUGCUCAUGCAGCUGCAAACGCUCCUCCAGCAUCCCAAACAAGAAGCCAUCUGGGACUCCUUCCACCUCCUCGACUGCGUCCAUUUCCACGCCACCAACCUAUCCCCUUCAACCUCCCAAGCCAUCCACGCGGCACUAUGGACCUUGAUUCAGUCCUUGCACGAGGCGAAGAAAUACGACCAAGCCAUACCGUGGUGCCAGCUCGCCCUCCACCCAUCCCUCACCACUAGCUGUCCCGCGUCCAACCCCGGCAAGUUCCUCCGCCGAAUCCUCUCCGCGCACAUCUCCCUCGACGACGUCCCCUCCGCGCUCGCUCUCGUCGACACCCUCCCCGAUGCCACCCGCAACGACCUCGUCACGCAGUUCCUCCUCUUCCGCCUCGCUAUCCGGACAUGGAACCAGCCACUCGCGCAGCGAUGUCUCCAGUUCUUGGCCACGCAAAGCGGUGGGGAGGGCAGGGCGCGCGACGCGCUGUAUGCGUGCGUGCGGGAGGCGCAGCGCGCCGGCGAUCGGCUGUGUACCGUGGCGGCGCUGACGGCGGCGGCGGCGACGUGGAAGGAUGAGGUGGUCGUGCCGGCGAAUGUGCCGGCGUUGCUGCGCUGCGCUAUUCGGCUGCUGCAGAUGCUCGCUGCCGAGGAGGCGCAGGUCGCCGAGCCCUCAUUCGGCGUGGCCAGCAGCAACUCUACGGCGGAUGAAAUGGUAAAGCUAUUUAAUACAGCGGCCGAGUUUGUCGCCAGCAACGCGCGCGACGAAAACGGCGACGCAGUCUUUCACGCCGCCGAGCUGCGCUGGUUCAGCACAAACGCAUAUAAUUUCGGCGUCGUGCACUGCACGACGUGGGGGCCCGGGCGGCUCGCGUCUUUAUUCAAGAGCUGUCUCGUCUUUACGCAAGCGCUCUUCUCCAGCGAAGCAGACACAACCGACGACUCCGCAGACUCUGAUUUCACGAUUCUUCGAUGUCACUUUAUCCUCGCUUCGCUGUACAUAUCUGAAGCCCGAAUCAUCAAGAAUGAGCAUACAUCGAGUCUGUAUGCCGAUGUAGAGCAGCACACGAUGGCAUUUACAAAGCUCUUCGUGUCGAGUUGCGGCGCCGCCGUAGAUCAAUACCACGAUUUGCUCCAAAAGCUUGGUAUUCUUUGCGUUUUCCAAUUCGAAGCUCUUUUAUUCCGGCACUCCUACAAAAAUCUCCCGUGCAUCAUAACGCAGGCCCGCCUCUGCAACGACGCCAACGUCCUGAAAGCGCUCGGCGGCUGUCUCAUCCAGAGCGAGGCACCUGUCCAGAUAAAGAGCACCCUACUCAAAUCGAUCAUCAAUGAGACUUUUACCGUGGAAGACUUCAAGAGUGAUCGGCUCGCGCAGUACCUCCGAUGUAUAGUGCAAGCGCUUCUGCCCAUGGCGGACGAUGGCGCGGCGCGGGAGGUUCUCGACCAGGCGAUCCAAGUCGCCGAGGAAGCAAAACAGGUCAGCGUAGGGUUUCCCGCUGAAGAAGCCGAGUGGCUCGCGGCCGCCGCCUUUAAUCACGGGCUCACCAAGUACGCCGCCCGGCAGGACAUGGCGACCUGUCAGGCAUGGGUAGACAGAGCCGUGGCAAUGGCCCAGCAUGCAGACGACAGUGGCAAACUUGCCGCCUCGAUCCAGCAACGACGACAGACGCUACUGAAUUCCUCUCUCACAGGCACUUUGUAA